UCUUGCUGCGGGCUGUCGUGUCUCUGGGAGCUCCCAGCCAGUCCUCUCAUGUUCGCACUGGUACUACUGUGAAGCUUUACAUAAACAGAGGGACACACACAGCUGGCUGGACCGCGGACAAGAGCCACAACUUCGUGUCAGUUUCAGCCUUCGUUUGUUAUUAUGCUGCCUUUUACUUCUUGAAUGUAUGUCAACCACCACAGCCAAACAAUGAGGGGCAUCCUGAAGAGAAAGUUUACGGAGGUAGAUGACUCCUCCUCCUCCUCCUCCUCCUCUCCUCCGUCCUCCCUCUCCUCCCCUGCCUCCUCAGAGUGGGAGUCCGAUGGGGAGAGCAGCCCCUCUGACAACCAGGACUUCACACCUCACAGCCCGUCUUCACCCGCCAGUUUACCCAUUUGCUCCAUCCUGAAGAGGCCCAAGCUUGCAGGCACUCAGAGCACCGUGCGCUUUGACCAGGUGACGGUGUUCGGUUUCCCACGCUGCCAAGGCUUCACCAGUGUGCCCAGCCAUGGAGGCGCCACCCUGGGCAUGACCCGGAGGCACAGCACCCUCCAAAGCUACACGGUGGCAGAGCACGCUUUGCAGCGACAGCACAGGCGCAGGGAGAGGCUCAUAGAGAGACUGAGACAGGAGAGGCUCGAGGCGCUCAAACACAAAUUGAUCACCAGCGGGGCCAUUGACCAGAGAGAAGCAGACCGGCUCACCGUGGAUCAGAUCCCAGGUGGAGACACUGACGUCCACAUCAGUGAUGCCGAGCUGGAGGAUGGAUGUUUCCUUCAGCCGUACUCCUCAAGGCAGCGGCAGGCUCUCCUGCAGGCAGCAGGGGUGAAGCGCAUAGACCGGGAGGAGAAGAGGCAGCUUCACGCCCUACGUCUGUCCAGGGCGGCCUGUGGAUGUGACUGCCAAGGUUUUUGUGAGCCAGAGACCUGCGCAUGCAGUCUGGCAGGCAUCAAGUGUCAGGUGGACCGCUUAAACUUCCCAUGUGGUUGCAGUAAGGACGGCUGUGGAAACACUCAGGGGCGCAUUGAGUUCAACUCGAGACGCGUGCAGACUCAUUACAUCCACACUGCCAUGAGACUCGACCUGGAGAGGCGACUGCAAAAUGAAACACUGAGCCAAGAGGACCAAUCAGGACUUCCAGAGGACCUUCAAGAGUACGUGGACCAGGAUGAGGCCGACACAGUGCAGAGCAUACAAGACAAGAGCUGCCCCUUUGGGUUCACAAUGGAGGAGGACGGUCUUCCUCUCACCAUGCCCGCCACACCUGCCUUUCACUUCACGCCAGAGCGGCUGGUAGUGGAGGACAACAGCUGCAGCAGCGACAUGACCGAGUCCUCUUGUUCCUCCUCGGACUCUGACACAGGAGGAUGCCUUAACGCGAGUCAGAGUCUUCCCGAGGUUGAUGGAGGUUUGUCACGUGCCCUCAACAUCUGUGACAAUGAUAGCUACUCAGCGUGCGGCCAGCUGGGGCACACAGGAGAACCACUGAUGCAGCACAGCAACAGCACACCUACUGACAGUAUGGGACCACUGACAACCAACACAUUCACAGACAAUAUGAGCAGGACGUCACUGACUGAUUACCUCGAUGAGAACGCAAACCAAGCCAGAGACUUGUUUGAUGAUGACUCUCUUGAGGGAUUCCCCAAAACCCCCUCCCCCACCGUGGACUACUCCUCAGGCAGGUACAUGGACCUGAGUCUCUCCUCGGACUCCGACCUUGAGUUCUUCGACAGCGACUACACCUCUGGACCUCUGCACAGCUCUUUCAAACUACACAGACCCUCGGACAGCUUUUUCCACAUGCAGCUGUUCAGCUCUGUUGAUCUGCCACAGUACGAGUCGAGCACCUACCUCCUGGAGUCUCUGAUCGGCCUGACUGAAUCGAGCCCAGAGCAGGGUUACGCAGUCAACGAUAUUCAACUUUUAUAGCUGAUUUAAGGCAAUCUUGGACAUAACAAUAAACUGUAUAAGAUAAUUUAAUGUAUAAAGCACUGCUUUUAUGUAUUUCUAAGACUAUUUCAAUGUACAAAGAAUGAUUGGUAAAAUAUUUUUUCUUAGCUGUAUAUUUUUCUAUUGUCUCAAAAUAAUUUUGCCUUUGUUUCAGAGAAACUACACUUGAGUAAUUAAUAUAUGUCUUUUUUUGUAUUUCCUGAACCUAUACAAUGAUCUCUGACAUGUUAUUUAAUGUCUUAUACCAUGGCCACCAAGAGUAUUUGGAUUGGUUGGAGGACACAUAGUUUCAUUGCUCUUUGCAAGAUAAAACUAAUGUCUGGAAAAUCGUGUUGGUCAUUUUUAUUUUAAAGGUCACAAAUUUCCUAUUUUAAAUCUGGCCAUGGUAUAAGCAGGAUAAUCCACUUUGACACAUGCAGUAAUGGAAAAAAUAACAUUUUCAACCUCUGGGUUGUUUUAUUUGUAUUUUUUUUAACUGCCCAGUUAAUCAUGGAUUAUCCUGUAUAGGUCUAUAAGUAAAAAUAUGGUUAGAAUAUUUCUGUAAAAUAAACAUUUUUAUUUAUUUAUU